AUGCGUGAACGCACCCAGCGGGCGCCCGCGUCUUCCGCUGCCGGUGACGUUACUGCUGCCGCCCGUCCGCCUUCGUCCCGCGCUCGUUGCCUCGGCCGGGCCGCGUUCGUAGCCCUGAAGUGGGCGGCCCGCCACGGCUCUGGUCCCGCCCUGCUCCUCCUCGCUUGCCCGCUGUCGGUUCUCGGCCUUUCCCUCCCGUCUGUCCGUGAAGGGCCUGCAGCGAAGAUCAACGCGAUGUUAAUGGCCAAAGGGAAGCUGAAGCCGGCGCCCAACGCGGCGGAUAAGCUGCAGGCUCUGGGGAAAGGCCCGGCUACAAAUAAAAGCAAAGAUGACCUCGUGGUGGCAGAGGUGGAAAUCAACGAUGUGCCCCUCACAUGCAGAAACCUCCUGACGAGGGGGCAGACCCAGGAUGAGAUAAGUCGACUGAGUGGAGCUGCUGUCUCUACUCGAGGGCGGUUCAUGACUGCAGAGGAGAAAGCAAAAGUGGGACCUGGAGAUCGCCCUUUGUAUCUUCAUGUCCAGGGUCAGACAAGGGAGCUGGUUGACAGAGCUGUUAAUCGUAUUAAAGAGAUAAUUACUAACGGAGUAGUGAAGGCUGCCACAGGUUCUAGUCCAACAUUCAAUGGAGCUACAGUGACUGUGUACCACCAGCCAGCCCCCAUCGCUCAGAUGUCUCCAGCAGUUGGUCAGAAACCUCCAUUCCAGUCAGGGAUGCAUUACGUUCAGGACAAAUUAUUUGUUGGUCUGGAACACGCUGUACCUACCUUUAAUGUGAAGGAGAAGGUGGAAGGGCCUGGUUGCUCCUAUUUGCAGCAUAUUCAGAUUGAAACAGGUGCCAAAGUCUUUCUUCGUGGAAAAGGCUCGGGCUGCAUAGAACCAGCAUCAGGCAGAGAAGCUUUUGAACCCAUGUACAUCUACAUCAGUCACCCAAAGCCAGAAGGUUUGGCAGCUGCUAAAAAGCUGUGUGAAAAUCUGUUGCAAACUGUUCAUGCUGAAUACUCUCGGUUUGUGAAUCAGAUAACUACAGCUGUACCUUUAGCAGGCUUUGCACAGCCUGCUGCUAUGAAUAGUGUUCCUUCUCAGCCAUCAUAUUACCCUUCCAAUGGAUAUCAGUCUGGUUAUCCUGUCGUUCCCCCUCCUCAGCAACCAGUUCAGCCUCCAUAUGGUGUACCAGGCAUAGUUCCACCUGCAGUGCCCAUGGCACCAGGGGUCCUAACGACACUACCUACAGGAGUUCCACCUGUGCCAACACAGUAUCCAAUAUCUCAAGUACAGCCUCCAGCCAGCACUGGGCAGAGUCCACUGAGUGCUCCUUUCCUUCCUGCUGCUGCCCCGGUCAAAACAACCCUGCCAGCUGGUACACAGCCACAAGUCCAACCCCAUCCCCAGGGCCAAAAGAGGCGCUUCACCGAGGAACUGCCCGAUGAGAGGGAGUCAGGACUGCUGGGAUAUCAGCAUGGACCCAUUCAUAUGACUAAUUUAGGUACAGGCUUCUCCAGUCAGAGUGAAAUCGAUGGAGCCGGGUCGAAGUCAGCAAGUUCCUCAGGAAAGGAGAGAGAGAGGGACAGGCAGUUGAUGCCUCCACCAGCUUUUCCUGUCACUGGGAUGAAAUCAGAAUCUGAAGAAAGAAACGGUGUGGGGUCUUUACCAGGCAGCCAUGAUCAUCAAGCAAAGAAGAUGAAAACAUCCGAGAAGGGCUUUGGAUUGGUGGCAUAUGCUGGAGAUUCAUCAGAUGAAGAGGAGGAACACGGUGGCCAUAAAAAUGCAAGUACUUUUUCACAGGGGUGGAGUUUGGGAUACCAGUAUCCUUCCUCACAACAGCGAGCCAAACAACAGAUGCCAUUUUGGAUGGCACCGUAAAAGCUACAGAACUGUCUUCAUUCAUCUCUUAUUUUUUUUUUUCCUCUAGCAAUAAUGCAUGUAUAUUACAAAAAGAACUUUGCAAAUAUGCAUUGUUUUUACAUUUGCAGAAGCUAAAGGUUUCAGUAUUCCGCCUUGAAAGGGCUCCAUUAUUUUUAAACUCUUUAUUUCUGCAGUGAAUUUGUCAUCUAUGAAAACCAUUUGAAAUAGCAUUUGGACAGGGCCGGUCCCUCACGGCGUGGGGGAGGUUCUGGAAAGAGAAACCUGGCGCUCUGUUUUCCAUUUUUCCAGGGUAACUUAA